GAGCAUCUGGGCCGUCCCUUUUCUUCGUUUUUUUAAUUUCCUUGUUUCAAGUCCUUCGCUUCGUUCACAUCUCCUGGAUUGGAGUGCAUUGCAUUUGCAUUGCACAUUUCUCCAUCGUAUGCAACCCUUGAGAUUAUUUAUCGCAAAUCUGCUGUAUAUCUAAUCCGGUACGCAGGUCAGCGGAGGAAUCGUUUAUGCGGCUCUUGUGGAUAAGCUGGUCUGGGAAAUUUUCAAGUCUUCAGUCAUGUUCGCGACAUGAGAGGGUAUGCAAAAUUUUGCUGCUUUGUGACUCUGCAUAGACCUUUUUGUAUGAUCUGAGCUGUGUAGAUCGAUUAGAAGCUAGCGAAUUUCGGUUUUUUGGGCAGAUAUAUUUAUUGGGGCUGUUUAUCGAGUGAUCUGAGCCGGGGGUUUAACAGCUUUGGAGGAUACUGUUAGUGUUAGCGUUAUUGAUUUUGUUUAUUGGCGCGUUCAGCUAUGCGGCAUUGUCUUGCCGUUGUACAGAUCAGGGUUUCCCCCGUACUCUGCCCCGGGCUUAAAGAAUUGCAUUUUGAGGCUCUCAAAGGUAGCGGGCGGCCUUAGCAGUUUGUUGUAAUUUGAAUUGGAUUGGUUAUGCUUGGAAAAGAUUGGUUGCUGAUAUCUUGGACAAGGAGAAGAAGGGGGUUUUGACUUUUUAGGAAUGUUUAACAAAUUUAUGGGCAAGCGGUCUGGUCGCAAGAAUUCAAAGUCUGAGAGCCAUGAUGCUGCAGGUACCGCAAACUCUGUGGCAGGAGGAGCAUAUUCCGUGCCUUCUGCUAGUGGUGCAUCUGGGGGCAGAGGAGGCGCUCCUACGGGGGGCUCGUCGAUUUCCAGGAAUAUGGGCUCUGCUCUAUCGGGCUCAAAAACAACGGUGAACCAUGCUCCGAGGAACAACGUGUCAGUGGGGGUAGGGCACCCGCAGCCUCAGACUGCUACACGAACGGUAUAUGGAAGGGAUAAAUUGUCCCCGGGUUCUGUGCCUGCCACUGCCAAUGGAGUCUUACCCGUGUUCGAAAAUCUGCCAGCCUUCAGGGAAGUUCCUGCAUCUGAAAGAGUGAAUCUUUUUUUAAAGAAGUUGUAUCUCUGUUCCUAUGUGUUUGAUUUCUCUGAUCCUACCAAAAAUGUGAGGGAGAAGGAGAUCAAGCGACAGACCCUGCUUGAGCUUGUUGAUUUUAUCCAGUCUGGUUCGAACAAGCUUAGUGAAUCUGCACAAGAAGAACUUGCUAAAAUGAUCGCAGAAAACCUUUUCCGCAGCUUGCCUCCUGCUUCUCAUGAAAACACAGGAUCUGAGAGCUUUGACCCAGAAGAGGAGGAACCCUGCAUGGAACCCGCUUGGCCACAUUUGCAAAUAGUGUACGAAUUACUGCUGCGGUAUGUAGUCUCCACAGACACGGACCCUAAGAUUGCAAAGAGGUAUAUUGAUCACUCCUUUGUUCUAAGAUUGCUGGACUUGUUUGAUUCAGAGGACCCGCGGGAGAGAGAAUAUUUGAAAACGAUAUUGCAUCGCAUCUAUGGGAAGUUCAUGGUGCAUCGCCCAUUCAUACGGAAAGCAAUCAACAAUAUAUUCUACCGUUUUAUCAUGGAAACUGAAAGACAUAAUGGCAUUGGUGAGCUGUUAGAAAUUCUGGGGAGCAUAAUUAAUGGUUUUGCAUUGCCCAUGAAAGAGGAGCAUAAACUCUUUCUAGUAAGGGCUCUUAUUCCCCUACACAAGCCCAAAUGUGUUGCUCUAUAUCAUCAGCAGCUAUCCUACUGUAUCACACAGUUUGUUGAAAAAGACUACAAAUUAUCAGAUACUGUUAUAAGGGGUUUAUUGAGAUACUGGCCUUUGACGAAUUGUCAAAAGGAAGUUUUAUUUUUGGGAGAGCUGGAGGAGAUUUUAGAAGCUACACAAGCUGCAGAAUUCCAACGUUGUAUGAUCCCUCUGUUUCGACAAAUUGGACGCUGUCUAAGUAGCUCACAUUUCCAGGUUGCAGAACGAGCUCUUUUCUUAUGGAAUAAUGACCAUAUAGUGGGUUUGAUAGCUCAAAACCGCAAUGUGAUUCUUCCACUCAUUUUUGAAGCAUUGGAGAGGAAUACCCGGAAACACUGGAAUCAGGCAGUCCAUGGUCUAACAUUGAAUGUGAGAAAAAUGUUUAUUGAAAUGGAUAAUGACCUUUUUCAGGAAUGCCAGCGCAAAUUUCUAGAAAAUGAAGAAAGAGCUAAAACAAUAGAAGACAAGCGGGAACUGACCUGGAAAAGAUUGGAAGAAGUUGCUGCAUCAAAAGCUGGAAAUACACAGCCCUUGCUUGUAACUCGGUCAUGAAAAGGUCAGGGAUUAUACUUAGAAGCUUUAAAUGGGAGAUUCAUGAUUGAUGAGUUAAGGAAGAAUCCGUACUGUUGGAGGGAAUUUUAUAUGGGCUUCUUUGCAUGGCUUAUUAUAUUUAAUUGGAUGGAAGUCCAGUGAAGGCAUAGCUUGAAGCAUGUGUGCUUCUCAAGUGUGUCUGUGUAUGAAAAAUGGAUCCAAUGCUGUAAUUAAAAGGAGUGGAAAGGUUUUAUGGACUUGGCUUGUGUGCAAGUCAAGGAAAUUGUAAUGUAUCAAUCUGUUUGUAUUCAAAUGCGAAAGAAUAUCCACUGAUUUUAGAGUUCA